GUUCGAUGAAAUGCCUAAAUAGAAAUAUAGUUCAAGAUUCCUGGAAAGAAAUUAGUUUCUUUCUUUUGUUAUCACACGUUAUUCAGUCCACUGGGACUCAUAAACUCUUCUCCUUUCUGAACACAGAUUUAUAACUGAGUUUUCAGAAAACAACAACCAAAAUUUUGGUACUGUUUUCUGAUCUGAAAACAUAAAUUUAAUUUUGGUACUGUUUUCUGAUCUGAAAACAUAAAAUUGUUGUCGAAAACUGAACCAAACAGGCCAAGUCUUUUGAUACUCUUUCCUUUAUUUAAUAUAUUUCUUGCAAACAUUGGGAACACCCGAAAAAGGAGAACCAGAAAUUUUCUACAACUUUUCAAUUCUCAGCAACUUUCCUUUAUUUUCAUGUACUUUGGUUUUCUCAUUGAGGAGAAAUAAAUUCUAUAUAACGCCUUGUAAUUGCUAAGGUUUGAUAACUAGUUGAAGAGAUUGUUUUACAUCAACUAAAAGUUUGCUUUUCAAUUCUCCUUUCUCUUGUUGUUCUUUUUAUACUGACAUGCUGAUUUUCAUUACAGAAAUACUUUGAUAUCAAGUCAAAUUAGUGAAUUCUACAAAAAUUAUAGAUAUAAUCUCUCUAUCUAUAUUUUUUUUAUUGAUAAUUAAUGAUGUAAUCUUAAGGAGGAAAUACAGAAAGGGAGCCAUUGGCAUUGUUUUGCACUUGUUGUCAUGCAUCAUGCUUAAUGCCAAACUUUUUACUGUUACACCAAGCUGCCCAAGCAAUAACCAGUCCCAGAACCAUGUGUAGGCCGGUUUCACAUUAGAUGAUGCCUUAGUAAUAUAUAUAGAUAUAUAUAUACAGAUAUAUAUAUUCUAUGAGGCAUUUCCUGUUAGUACUUAUUUUAUUUGUAUAGUUUCUUCUCCUGUGCUUAGUUAUUCCAUUAAUUUCUACUGCUAAAAUUUUGAAGUGGGGCUCUAUGCUACAGUUCUUUCAUAGAUUAAUUGUUAGUGGCCUCUGCAUUUUUUAAAUAUAAUACAUCUUUUUUCUUUUCUUUUCUUUUUUUUUUCACUUUUCUGACCCUCUUUAUAUUCUUUUUAUUCAGAGGAUAAUUCAAUCACAAAACUGAUGAUGAAAAGAUUAAAUAUUGUAGUACUUUUAGUACUACUUCUCUCUGCAAUUUCAUCUGCUACUCAGGAGGUAUCUGUAUCCUGCAUGAUGCUUUACGACGAAGGUGGUGCUCCUGCUGUUUUUGAGUCUCCUGAGUGCUCCCAAUGGGUCAUCUCCCCUGAAUCUCUUAGAAAUCAAGCUGCUAAUUGUCAGUUUGCCACACUUCAGGGGCACAGGGAAUAUCAAGAGGAUCGUAUUGCAUGCAAUCUUGAAAUGAAGAUACCGUUUGUUGGCAAAAAUGGGACCAAGGAGGUGAUGGUUGGUAUAGCAGCAAUAUUUGAUGGUCAUAGUGGUGCUGAGGCUAGUGAGAUGGCUUCAAAAUGUUUCCUGGAUUAUUUUUACCUGCAUGUUGUAUUCAAUGCAUACAAGCAAGCGUUAUCCUACCAGGAAGAACAUGGUUUGCGUAUUUCAAAUUCAGAAAGUUAUAAGGGAUUUUUACCAGCAAACGAUGAUGAAUCAAUAAAGAGAAUUUUGAAGGAAGCGUUGUUGAGGACAAUCCAGGAUAUUGAUUUAAAAUUUUCUCUGGAGGCUUUCAGUAACAGAUAUUUUUCGGGAUCUACUGCCACCGUUGCUGUUUUGGUAGAUGGUCAAAUUUUAGUUGCCAAUGUUGGUGACUCAAAGGCACUUUUAUGCUCAAGGAGAACUGAGUCUCUGCUGGAGCCAGAAGAAACGACAGGUACAUCAAUGGGGAAACUUCAUGCUGUAGAACUGACCAGAGAUCAUCAUCCAGAUAGAGAUGAUGAAAGAGCCCGAAUAGAAGCCGCUGGUGGUCAUGUUCGUGUGUGGGGCGUGCCUCGUGUCAAUGGUAUAUUAGCCAUGUCCCGCUCUAUUGGUGAUAUAUAUUUGAAAAGGUACGGUGUUAUUGCUACACCUGAAUUGAAGGGUUGGCAACCUUUAACUGCCAACGACGUUUAUUUGGUAAUUGCAUCUGAUGGCAUAUUCGAAAGUUUGAAACCAGAUGAUGUUUGUCAUCUUUUAAGCGACAAAAACUCAUCCUCACGUUUGAGCUCAUCCUCAUUGGCGGACUGCAUUGUGAAGAAGGCCUUUAAGAAAGGCAGCACAGAUAACCUGACAGCUAUAGUGGUUCCACUCAGAUCAACUGCUUUUUCACAAGAUCCUCCGGCAACAAAAGAGAUGAUGUGAUUUGUGGAGAAAUACUGAUUUCCUUCGCUUUUAGCACUUCCACUGCAAUCUCCAAAUAUCCACUUACCAUUUUUUUUUUU